AUGACAAAGUGGUGUGACAAUGUGUCCAGUAUGACAAAGUGUGACAAUGUGUCCAGUAUGACAAAGUGGUGUGACAAUGGGUCCAGUAUGACAAAGUGGUGUGACAAUAUGUCCAGUAUGACAAAGUGGUGUGACAAUGUGUCCAGUAUGGCAAAGUGGUGUGACAAUAUGUCCAGUAUGACUAAGUGUUGUGACAAUGACAAACGGUGUGACAAUAUGUCCAGUAUGACAAAGUGGUGUGACAAUAUGUCCAGUAUGACAAAGUGGUGUGACAAUGUGUCCAGUAUGACAAAGUGGUGUGACAAUAUGUCCAGUAUGACAAAGUGGUGUGACAAUAUGUCCAGUAUGACAAAGUGGUGUGACAAUAUGUCCAGUAUGACAAAGUGGUGUGACAAUAUGUCCAGUAUGACAAAGUGGUGUGACAAUAUGUCCAGUAUGACAAAGUGGUGUGACAAUGUGUCCAGUAUGGCAAAGUGGUGUGACAAUAUGUCCAGUAUGACAAAGUGGUGUGACAAUGUGUCCAGUAUGACAAAGUGGUGUGACAAUAUGUCCAGUAUGACAAAGUGGUGUGACAAUAUGUCCAGUAUGACAAAGUGGUGUGACAAUAUGUCCAGUAUGACAAAGUGGUGUGACAAUAUGUCCAGUAUGACAAAGUGGUGUGACAAUGUGUCCAGUAUGACAAAGUGGUGUGACAAUGUGCCCAGUAUGACAAAGUGGUGUGACAAUGUGUCCAGUAUGACAAAGUGGUGUGACAAUAUGUCCAGUAUGACAAAGUGGUGUGACAAUGUGUCCAGUAUGACAAAGUGGCGUGACAAUGUGGCCUGUAAGACAAAGUGGUGUGACAAUGUGUCCAGUAUGACAAAGUGGUGUGACAAUGUGCCCAGUAUGACAAAGUGGUGUGACAAUGUGUCCAGUAUGACAAAGUGGUGUGACAAUAUGUCCAGUAUGACAAAGUGGUGUGACAAUGUGCCCAGUAUAACAAAGUGGUGUGACAAUGUGUCCAGUAUGACAAAGUGGUGUGACAAUGUGUCCAGUAUGACAAAGUGGUGUGACAAUAUGUCCAGUAUGACAAAGUGGUGUGACAAUGUGCCCAGUAUAACAAAGUGGUGUGACAAUAUGUCCAGUAUGACAAAGUGGUGUGACAAUGUGUCCAGUAUGACAAAGUGGUGUGACAAUAUGUCCAGUAUGACAAAGUGGUGUGACAAUGUGCCCAGUAUAACAAAGUGGUGUGACAAUGUGUCCAGUAUGACAAAGUGGCGUGACAAUGUGGCCUGUAAGACAAAGUGGUGUGACAAUGUGUCCAGUAUGACAAAGUGGCGUGACAAUGUGGCCUGUAAGACAAAGUGGUGUGACAAUGUGUCCAGUAUGACAAAGUGGUGUGACAAUGUGCCCAGUAUAACAAAGUGGUGUGACAAUGUGCCCAGUAUAACAAAGUGGUGUGACAAUAUGUCCAGUAUGACAAAGUGGUGUGACAAUGUGCCCAGUAUAACAAAGUGGUGUGACAAUAUGUCCAGUAUGACAAAGUGGUGUGACAAUGUGUCCAGUAUGACAAAGUGGUGUGACAAUAUGUCCAGUAUGACAAAGUGGUGUGACAAUGUGCCCAGUAUAACAAAGUGGUGUGACAAUGUGUCCAGUAUGACAAAGUGGCGUGACAAUGUGGCCUGUAAGACAAAGUGGUGUGACAAUGUGUCCAGUAUGACAAAGUGGCGUGACAAUGUGGCCUGUAAGACAAAGUGGUGUGACAAUGUGUCCAGUAUGACAAAGUGGUGUGACAAUGUGCCCAGUAUAACAAAGUGGUGUGACAAUGUGUCCAGUAUAACAAAGUGGUGUGACAAUGUGUCCAGUAUGACAAAGUGGUGUGACAAUAUGUCCAGUAUGACCUUGACAUAUUGCCAAGACGAACUGAUAUGGCAUUGGACGAGACCUAGGUAA